AUGAAUAAUGGCCCAGAGCGUUCAGAUAACUCAGAGAACGCACCGAUAGUUAAAAAACGGUCUUUGAGUAACUAUUUGUCCAACAUCCAGAAGCGAAAACGGGAGCUGGAAGAAAACAACAGGAAACAAGAAAGCGACAAUAAACAAGGAGGUCAGAGCUCAGACGCAUCCCGAUUGCCACUGGGAACUGAAUCCGACCAAAAGGACAAACUGGGGGUCGCGCCUGCUCAAGUUGACAGAUCAGCGAGUAAUGCCACGAAUGACGCGGACGCAAAGACAAGAGAAAUCAAACCUAUCUCAGAGGUGAAUCUGGAAAGGCCAUCUGGUGGUACAAUUGAAUCAACAGAUCGUGAAGAACAAAAGGAGGAUUAUGGGUCUAUUCAAGUAGGCAAAAAAUCUCAGAUUGAUGUCACACACAAAUUGGAGGAGGAAAGAACUAUACCAAGUAAUGAGACCCUUCCACCGCCGGCUGAAAAGAGACAGGAGCCAUCAAAAACCACCAGUACAGAUGUUGCCAAGAGCUCUAGCGAAGACCAGCUCCCGAAACAGCCUGCUGAAAAAGUAAAAACCGAGGAGCAUCAACUUAACGCAGGAACACAAAACAAAAAUAAGCUGACGAAGACAAAACUCGUGGAAUUGCUACGCAAUGACGAUAUGAAAGAUUCCAGCGAGCUUGAAAAUGACAACGACGAAAGUGAACUUAGCGAAGUAGAAAGUGAUGCCCCUACUGAGCCGGCAUCUCCGCCCAGACCGCGAUUAGGUCGACUUGUACGUGGAGAUGAACUGCGAUCAUCGCCUUCUAGCAAGGCACCACGUUUGCAUUCCGAUAUUAGCGAUGAGUCAGAGUUAUCAGACCUGGAUAACCUGAAUCAAAUACCACUUUCAAGCAGCAUAUUACACGCGGAUUCUCCACCAGAAAAAUUAUCACAUCAAUCGCUAAAAUCGUCGCCAGGAGGUAUUUUUAAAGGUUCACAGGUAUCCCCAACGCGUAGGGGGGUUUUUGUGGGCCUAAAGAAACAAGCGAAAGCUAAAAGGAGUACGGUUCACAGAGACGCUGGCGGCCGAACCAAAUUACAGAUUGCAUGCGACAAGGGUAAAUUUGAAGUUGCCAAAAAGCUCAUACAAGAAGGUUUUAAUGUUGAUGACCAGGAUAAUGCAGGGAACUCUUCUUUGCAUGAAGCUGCUUUGAAUGGGCACUACGAUAUUGUGAAGUUACUACUUGAAAGCGGAGCGGACGUCAACAUCCAGUCAUUCGAGCCCAUCAAAGAUACGCCUUUGAUAGACGCAGCUGCGAAUGGUCAUCUGGACGUGGUAAAAUUACUUCUCAAGUACAAUGCGGAUCCCACAAUCGCUAAUGGCAAGGGUCUCACCGCCAUUGAGUCGAUCGAAGAAGACUCUGACUUGGAAAAUGAAGAUCUUCAUAUCAUCGAAGGUCUGAAGCGUGCUUUAAAAAGUGGUAUUGAAAGAUUUGUUGGAGCUGGCGAGAGACGAGUACGAUCAUCUUCGAAUAAUAGACAUUCCGAUAGCGAAAGGUCGUCUUCAAACAUAAGGAUGGAGGACGAAUUCUAUUGGACCGAUAUUUCUUUCAAAGUGGGACGAGAGAAGCUCUUGAGGGCCUCGAAGGAGGGAAGACUACCAUACGUGGGUGCCUAUCUCGAGAAUGGUGGUCGUGUUGAUGUUAAAUCCUUUUUUGAGGCUGUCAAAUAUGGGCAUGAAGAUAUUACCAGUCUUUUUUUGGCUUUUGGAGCACAGGUUAACACGACAACUCGUGAGGAACAAACGCCAUUGAUGGUCGCGCUAGGUCGCGGUCAUUUAGGGACCGUGAAACUUUUGUUGGAAGCAGGUGCCGAUCCGCGUAUGCAAGAUAAGCAGGGAAGAUCGGUAUUAUCUUAUGCAAAACGUAGUGAAUUGGGACUCAAAAGCAAGCAAGAAGUGGAAUUGAUUCGAAAGGCGUUAGAAACGCGCGGCGAAGGAGAUGCUGGCAUCUCUACUGGCGAAUUUUGGUCUGACGAGGAAAAUGAGACCAAGGAUCAUAAUCCGAAGUUGGACACGAAAACAGAAAGCAAUGGGAAAUCUGCCGCCUUGAAUGCUCCACGCAAGAUGAGCGAUAUACCACAGAAAGUCUCUGCCACGCGCAAACGGUCAAGCACCGUCCAGCAGGAAGAUAACUCUCGAAACUUCACGGACAAGGAAGGAUUGUCCACAAAUGCGACAACUGAGGUGCCACCAGAGUUCUCUGUGCCCGACUACACAGGUUCCGUCGCUAACAAAAAAGCCAAGUUAAAGGGCUCGUGCAGUCCAAAUGCUGUUGAUUUAGAGCAGGAGGCACCAAGGAGCCAAAAUGCCACACCUAUGAGCUCUGCUACUCCCAAACCUGCAGAGACCGCGGAGGAGAAAGAACUACGUUUGAAGGCCGAAGAAGAAUACAGACAGAAGAGACUGCUGAACAAGAAGCGGAAAGAACAAGAGCUUUUGGCGAAGCUCGCUCAUGAUGAAAAAAUGCGCGCUGAGGAGCGCGAGCGUCAAAAUGCCCAGGAAUUGCAAAGAAAAAACGAAGAAAAGGAAAGGAUGGCACGGGAGGAAGAGCUGCAGCGUGCCAGUGCAGAACUCAAUCGUAGACGUCAGAUUCGCAAACACUAUCCUCUAGGUUUGCGAUUAAUAGACUUCCGGUCUGGCGACGAUUUCGAAAGUUUCCUUCCCUUAUACUACGUCGUAUUGAAUGGGCAAAAACAUGUGUUGGAUCUGCAGAUGUGUGUGCUUUUGAAAGAUGUGACGUUUUUGUCGCAUCACCAAGAUGGACCGCGGGUGUCGCACACCCAUAAGACGCAAAUCUGGAAUAUCUACAAAUUUAUCUUUUUGCGAGGUGGUCGUCACCCAACCGGCUUGGCCCGUCAAGUUCAGCUGGAGAUCGACGAGCUACCAUUCAAGAGUCGCGCAGAUCUUGACUCCCAGGAACUCGACUUCUUCGUGGCAUUACCUCUCCGAUGGGUGCCUUGGAAUGAGAUCGAGAUUCCACGUGACCAUGCUCUAUCUGUUCGAUUUACAAACCUGGAAGAGCAAAUGAUCGAAAUAAGUUUAUUUGUCGAUACAAAUGCUACUCAAACACCACCACCACCACCACCACCUGCUACUAUCCCGGCCCGAUCUCAAGACCCGCAUGUCCACCGUUCAAAUUCAACUUCAACUUUCUCAACGUCACUAACUACGAAGUCGUGUUUCUUACGUUUUGACAGUGGUAUUCCGGUCAAACUUCGCAGUCGUCCUGCAAUAACUAGUCUUCUCAAGGGUAACCUGCCAUCGUGGUGA